UCGAUCUUUGCCUCCAGUCUUUUUUUUGAAAUCAUGGAAAAUUGGAAUGUCACUUCAGAUUUCAUUCUCCUAGGUCUCUUUAAGCACACUGGCACCCACCAAUUUCUCUUUGUGAUACUUCUGAUAAUUGCCUUUAUGUCCCUAGUGGGCAAUGCCCUCAUGCUUCUCCUGAUUCUCCUGGACCCCCGGCUUCACAGGCCCAUGUACUUCCUACUGAGCCGGCUCUCCCUCAUGGACAUGAUGCUGAUUUCCACCAUUGUGCCCAAAAUGGCUGUUGACUACCUGAGAGGCAGCAAGUCCAUCUCCCUGGUUGGCUGUGGGUUCCAGAUCUUCUUCCUCACUUUAGGAGGCGGCGAGUGCUUCCUCUCAGCAGCCAUGUCCUAUGACCGCUAUGUUGCUAUUUGCCAUCCACUGAGAUACCCAGUCCUCAUGAGCUGGACAUUAUGCCUGAGAAUGAUUUUGGGGUCCUGGUUCCUGGGAGCAGCUGAUGGACUCAUUCAGGCUGCCGCUACCCUGAACUUCUCAUUUUGCAGCACACAUGAGAUCGAUCAUUUCUUUUGUGAGGCUCCCACGCUGGUGCAUUUGGCUUGUGCUGACACAUCUGUCUUCGAGUAUGUCAUGUACCUCUGCUGUGUGUUAAUGCUCCUGGUCCCUAUUUCCCUCAUCCUGAUUUCCUAUAGUCUCAUCCUUGCCGCCGUUCUCCAGAUGCAUUCUAAUGAAGCCCGCAAGAAGGCUUUUGCCACUUGCUCCUCACAUCUGUCCAUGGUGAGACUCUUUUUUGGAGCUGGCAUUUUUACCUACAUGAAACCCAAAUCCUACAGGUCAGCUAACUACAAUAAGAUUGUGUUGGUAUACUAUACUAUCUUCACCCCUGUGCUGAGCCCCCUCAUCUAUAGUCUGAGGAACAGUGAGGUCAAGGGAGCUCUGAGAAAGUGUAUGGAUCAGUGUGCUGCCUUAGGUCAUGAAUAA